CCGGGAAGUUUUUGCAAGAUUUUGCUCAUUUUCAUUUCUUGAUAAGUAGUAACUCUAAUCUAAAUUAAUUUUAAAUUAAAAACAUUUAGAAAACUUUUCGGAAACCUCUCGGAAAUUGAGGUAUUUAUGUAAAUAGUAAUGAAAUCGCAUUUUUUAUCUUAAAAUGAACUAUAUUUCAAAAAUUUCUUUUGAUGGCAUGCGGCAAAAAAAAAAUAAAAAAUUAUAUAAUGCAGUCUCUUCCAAAGCGGCAAUUGUUAGUAAAUUAGAUUCCUACAAUAAAAAUUGAAUCAAAGCUAUUCGCAACAUACGUCUAAUGAAUAGACUUAUUAUUCAAGCUGCCCUCGAUGAUGUAUUAACUUUGAUUAGAAAUGUCAAUCAGUAUGUGAAUAUAUGCAGUGGAACUCUGCAUAUUAAGCCCAAAGACGGCACAACUCAUCAAUUGAAACCAAUUAAACCGAAAGGCAAUUGUAAUGCGCUCAAUUUUACCGAAAGUACUGAAUGUACAGAUUUCAUAAAUCUGCAAUUACAGCGGAUUUUAUAUAAAAACGCAAUCCAACUGUAGGAAAUAGUUUCAAUUGAAAAGUAUCAGAGUGAGCUUGUUGCGGAAACACAGAGACAGAAAUGGCGACCUUUGCGAUCGGUGAAAUACCAAACUAUUUCAAUAUGGAGUUCUUUAAGAGAGCACUAGAGAACGGUUUGCGCAUGGGCGAUCUUAAAAUAUUGGGUAUAUCCAUAGAGAAUCUAACGAUAGGUGGCGAAAAUUACUGCAGCAACAUAUUUCGAGCGACUAUCAAGUACAAAACCUGCGACGAUCAGCAAAGCGAACAGACGAUAAUAGUAAAAAAUAUGCCGAAACAAAAGCAAAGUGUACUUAGUCGCUUGAACAUCUAUCGAAAGGAGACCAUCUUCUAUUUGGAUAUUAAACCAAAAAUGGAGGCGCUCAUGUGGUACUUGGAUAAACCAUGGAGCUUGGCAGCAAGGCACUUUCACUCCACCACCGAACCGGAGCAGAAUAUUAUGUUCGAGGAUCUAAGUAUGUUGGGUUUUACGUUGGAGAGUCGACAAGUGGGACUUGAUUUGGCGCAUGCGCAAAUUGUUAUGAAAAAGUUGGGCGAAUACCAUGCGCUUACGAUGUUGAUGGCCGAGAGGUCCCCCGAGAUUAUUAUAGAUCAUUUUGCCUUCGGUCUGCUGAAUAUAGAGUCGAUCAAGAAGGAAGCUUUUAAAGCUUUAUUCGGUGCACAGCUUUUAAAGCUCGCCACACUUAUUGCCGAAACCCCCACGAUGGAACCAAUAUCAAAAAAAUUAUUAAAAUAUUACGAUCACUUCACAGAACGCAUACUUGAGUCCAUUUAUCCACUAAGAGGUCAUGUGAAUGUGUUAAAUCAUGGCGAUUUGUGGAUAAAUAAUAUGUUCUUCAAAUACGACAGUAAUUCAACGAAAUUUAAAGCGCCGAGUGAAGUUAGAUUUAUCGAUUUUCAGCUGUGCUAUUAUGGCAGCAUUGGCUUCGAUAUAAAUUAUUUCUUGAAUACCAGUAUACAGUUGACUGUAAUGAAAAAUCAUCGUGGAUCUUUGAUUGAAACUUACUAUGAGAGUUUAGUGCGGACUCUCAAAGCUUUGCCUUACAAUAAGCCUCUACCGAAAUUCACCGAUGUUUUGCAGGAGAUUGCUCAACGUGAAAGUUUCGGCUUCUUCGUUGCAUUCGGAUUCUUUCCGCUCAUGUCCAUGUUUACAAUGGAUUCGCAGGAUAAUUCUCUGGAAAAAUUCUACGAUGAGGAAUUUGCUCGUCGCAAAAUCGAGUUAAUGUUCCAAAGUAAUCCACGCACAAUGGAGACAUUGGAAUAUUCUUUACAGCGCUUCGAUGAAUUGAAGGUCUUGGAUUGAGUUUUGUAAAAUGACAUGGUUUGCUUAAAUGACUAAUAAUUAGAGUAGAAUAUCUUUAUUUUUGUAAUUUCAUUUUCAUAAGUGUGUGUUAAUGGCGAAUCAAGAUCGAAAAAAUAAAUCUAAGCCUCGAGCUUGUAACUUACUUACAUUACAAGUACUUACAUUAGGUUGAGCCCUUUUCACAGGAGUUUGUGCGUGUUUCUUAGAUAUCGAUUUUAUAAAUUUUCCACAUUAAGAUCUGUAUUCUGAUUAAUCAUCAUAUUACUUCCUUCAUACCAAAUUCAAAUUUCUGAAUUGAAAAUCACAGCAGCCAGGCGAAUGAAGGCGACAGCACUGAGAACAAGGCCAACGUGAAGCAGCGGGGGACAAAAACCGUUUCAAGCGACUGCUGUCACUCCACUGCGGUUACGGCGGUCGUCGCCCAUCAGCUCACCGCCAUCAGUAAAAUGGUUACAUAGCAAUACGCAGCCGCUGAGCUAGCGCUUAGCAAGCUAAGCAACUGACAGACCACUUCGAGCUUACUUAAGGCAAACUUAGUUCGUGGCAAAACGAUGCGAAACUGUGUAAACAAAGCGAACUGUGUUGCAUUUACUGCUUUGUCGCAUGCAACAUUGGCAUGUUGUUGUUUUAUGUGAAUGUUGUGACCAAAUCUUUUGUUGUAAACGACCGGCAUAGUAGAUGCGAUGGGCUCAUACAGAUUGUGUUGACAAAAUUUGAACGUGACCAAACGGUAGCAGAGUAAAAUGCAUACCUGAAGCAUUGGCAAACAUAUAUUACAACAACCACAGUGUGACCCGCAGUCCUAAUGGCAAAUACAGUGUUUAAGUUUUCCACUUUUGCAGCAAAUAUUUUCGAAAUCCAUAUCUAACAGUAGAAUAUGACAAUUGACUAUUCCAUAUACAGCAUAGAAUGAGGUUCGCGUAUACUGAAGACUAUUAUCCACUGAAUUCACGUUCCUGAUGUUAUGGAAUUAUUUCAAGGUCGAAUAAUAAUAAAAUCGAGAAAUUUGAAGUACCUCUUUAAUGGUUCUCGUUAUAUUUUCGGAAAUUUUUCCAAUUUUAAACCAAUUUGUUACCAGCAACUCCACUAGGACCAGAUAUACGAUCCCUAAAGUAAACUGCACUUCGAAACAUAUAAUACUAUAUAAAUUCUUUCGGAAUACAUACUUUAGUUUGGUCGAAAGUAGGUCAUAUCAAACUUUUUAGAGGUAGGUAUUUUAAAUGUACAAAAACGAGAGCAAAACACAGUGAUUUUUGCUUAAAAUAUUCUUCACCCCAAAUCCAACCAAUAAAAACGAACAAAGUAUAAAAGCUGAUAGACUGUGGGCGAGAUGAAGUAGGAGCCAUUUCGGUGCCAUGUACUCGACCCGAAACUGCAAUCAACAUGUAGUUGUACAGUGCCAGCAUCACCCCGGCACAGUACUCCCCGCCAACGAAAACACUGCAAACAGAAAACCGAGCUGCACAACCACAAAGCUACGGCGGCGGUAGACAAAAAUCGAAUCGAAUUCGGAAGAAAUGGUUCAUGCCACGUACCAAGCUUGGGCAUUUAACUGAUUGCGCCGAUUGCCGCAGUGCACAACAGAAAAAACAACGAAAAAUACCAACAACUACGGGAGGAGAGAGCAAUAACAUUACCAACAACAAUAAUAACAUUACAUUGAAGAUCUGUAAAGUGAUUGCAACAGGAGCGACAAUUUCACAUUCGAAAGUGGCAACAAUAGGUGGCGACAGUGGUAACAGCAGUAGCCGUCGCCAGCAAACGUUUGCACCCAUUUAGACUUAAUAUCCACUCAGACAAAGUUUGUUGCCAAUCUCACUCACGGUGCUGUUGUCGGUGCAUGGUUUCUAUGUUGCAACAUACGUACCUCAGCCACCCUCACACAAUGUAAACAUGGCACGAUACACGACUUCGCAAACAACAGCAACAGCAGCAACAACAAUGCAAACAGUAGCAAUACCGCUAGUCAAAACAAAAGCAAACAGUGAUGACCAUCACUUGACACAGUAGCCAAGGAAUCCAGCUGAGUCCUUGUCAUCGCGGCCAGCUGCGCUCUUGCCGAGGUGGCAGAGCAAUUCUAGGUCGGAUCAUAAUCGUUCGAAAUGUACCCAGCUGCGUCAUAUGCUUAUGGAACAGCUGCGUCUUGCAUAUACUCGCAUUGUGUUGGCAUCGAUGAUAACGUUGAAUUACAAGCGGAUUCAUCAUUUUACCAUUGCAAUGAGAUAACACAGCGGUAAGAAAGGUGAGGUGUGGUAUGCAAAGGUCGGCUUAUAAGGAAACAUAUAUUCCCUUCAGAAUGACAUCUACGGUGAAAUCGGGUGGUUAUCUGAGGAUCGCCAAAAGCUCCGUAUCUACCUCUUCUUAUUAGAAUCAAUACUAUACCGACUAAGGACCCAAAAGAGGGUAUUCCAGACAUUUCUGGUGAUCUGACUCCUAAUAUUCGCAACAAGAUGGUGAACGUUUUAAUAGUCACUAAUUGUACCAGAGUCUUAUUAA